AUGGCUUUUUUUUCUACAAUAUUCCCCUCAUUCAGAUAUCAAACAACCAGUACGGCGAGAGCUAUCAACAUGUUCUACCAUAAGAAUGUUAUUGAUCAUUACGAACAACCAAGAAAUGUUGGGGCACUCGACAAGAAUGAUCCUAACGUAGGUACGGGCAUAGUGGGGGCUCCAGCCUGCGGAGAUGUUAUGAAACUUCAGAUUAAAGUUGAUGAAAAUGGUAGAAUUAUUGAUGCGAAAUUCAAGACAUUCGGUUGUGGUUCAGCGAUUGCAUCAAGUAGUUUAGUUUCCGAAUGGAUUAAAGGAAAGACAACUGAAGAUGCCUCGAAAAUCAGAAAUGAUGAGAUUGCAAAAGAACUUUGCUUACCUCCAGUAAAACUUCACUGCUCUAUGUUAGCCCAAGAUGCCAUUCAAGCAGCACUAAAGGAUUACAAAAGAAAGCAGGAGCCGUCAAGCGGUUGA